AUGCUCGCAAUCGCGGCCGUGUCUUCAGACUCAAAACCCCUGGCAUGCACCGGUGUGGCGAUCCGGUCACUCAUCUUACGCUUGGUUGCAGUACUGUUCGCCUUGUAUUUCUUUCUGGUGGGACUUGACCUGAUGGGAAGAGCGGUGGUGAUAUUGGGUGGCAAAGGAGCUGCUGAACUCUUUAAUGCAUCUGCAGGAAGUCCCGUACAUGGCCUAAUGAUUGGCAUCAUGGCCACUGCUCUUGUGCAGUCCUCGUCGACAAGCACCUCCAUCAUCGUAGGCCUGGUUGGGGCCGGCCAGAUGACUGUACGUGCUGCCAUUCCAGUAAUCAUGGGCGCGAACGUAGGAACAUCAAUAACCAACACAAUCGUGUCCAUUCUACACGCUGCCAGUGCGACUGAGCUGGAGCAUGCCUUUGCCGGAGCGACGGUGCAUGAAAUGUUCAACUUGCUUACCAUUCUUAUUCUGUUACCCGCGGAGAUAGCCGUGGCAUCCAUUAGUGGUGAUGGUGGACCGUUGUACCUCGUCUCGAAGGCAGUUACGGAUGCUGCAAUGGGCACGGGGGCUCGUGAUGUCAGCUUUAGUUCCCCGACGAAGUCGAUCGUGGGUCCGCUGACAGAUUAUCUAUUGGAUCCAAACAAAGAUGUUAUGAAAGCCGUGUCUUUGGGAUCACCCGCGCCUAAAGAAGUGCCUGCCGCAGUAGACACUGGCUUGUGCUCAGCGCGGCUGAACUGCGCCGAGUACUUCUGCGUGUCGACCUCUAUGCAGAAUGCUUGGAGCAAAAUAGAUCUGGAUGGCUUUGCCGCUCUUACGAAGUGCAGUCAUGUAUUGAGCUUCCCGCAUGGCUGCGCGCAAUCGACGGACUGUUAUUUGGAAGCUGGCAAGUUCUACGCGAUCUCCAUUGAGAAUGCUCGUGCCCUUGAUUCUGGAAUGUUUGCCCGCGUCGGUGAUGUUGUUGGAGGUGCCUGUGGGCUCGUGCUCGCCUUCGUGCUGGUUGCAGGGUCGCUGCUCUGCCUCGUCCAGGCGCUGAAUGCACUCCUGACUGGCUGGGCCGCGAAGAUGAUGAGACGUGCUUCCCAGACGAACGACUACCUUGCUGUGGUCCUCGGGUUUGCUGUCACUGCAGUCGUACAAUCGAGCAGUGUGACGACCUCUACGUUGAUCCCUCUAUGUGCCAUGCGAGUCCUGUCGAUCCAGAAAAUGCUGCCCAUAACCAUCGGUGCAAACAUCGGAACGACAUGUACAUCCCUCCUGGCGGCACUGGCUGUACUGAAGCGCGAUACUUUGCAAAUUGCCUUAUGCCAUUUGUUCUUCAACAUCUUCGGAUUUCUUUUGUGGUUUCCAGUGCCACCGCUGCGCGCGCUGCCUGUGAAAGCAGCUUGCAUACUUGGCUUCUACGCUUCCUGCUGGCGAAUGAUUCCGCUUAUCUAUGUACCCGCUACGUUCAUUGCUCUUCCAAGCCUGUGCCUUGCACUUUCUCUGCUCUAUGACAGGAGUGUCGUGGGAGGCGUCCUGGCAACGGCUGUGUUUGUGAUGAUGCUCGCUGUGUUCGUGGUCUGGUGGUGGAUGGGCGGUUGUUACGUGGUGGUCAGUAAAGAGGUCCGUCGCGAGAGGGUCGAGCAGAGGGCAAAGGAGCUUGAACUUGCCAGAGACUCUCCAAAGGAGAAGACAUUGAUCAGGUCCAGCUCAUGCCUGUCCACGUCGUCUCAGGAUGCUCAGCUUCUCGUGGUGGUUGACGGCAAAGAGCCGAGGGAGACUCAAACAGUGGAAGCCUCGCAGGCAACUGCGGAGUUCAACGAGGAGACGAUUGAAGCUGAUAUGCCAACAGACAGCGAUUCGCUUGAAGCUUUUGCGAUUUAG